AAAACCCCUUCUUCUUCAUCCAACCCUACCUUCGAAUCUCAUUGUUAUUCCCUGAGAUGGCCCGUACUAAGCAAACAGCCAGGAAGUCGACCGGAGGCAAGGCGCCGAGGAAGCAGCUUGCCACCAAGGCUGCUCGUAAAUCAGCACCGGCUACCGGAGGAGUGAAGAAGCCUCACCGUUUCAGGCCAGGAACUGUGGCUCUGAGAGAGAUCAGGAAGUACCAGAAGAGUACUGAGCUAUUGAUUCGCAAGCUUCCGUUCCAGAGGCUUGUGAGAGAGAUCGCUCAGGAUUUCAAGACCGAUCUCAGGUUCCAGAGCAGUGCAGUCGCUGCUCUUCAGGAGGCUGCCGAAGCCUAUCUCGUGGGGCUCUUUGAGGAUACCAAUCUCUGUGCCAUUCACGCUAAGAGAGUCACCAUCAUGCCCAAGGACAUUCAGCUUGCUAGGAGAAUUAGAGGUGAGAGGGCUUAGAGGCGUGGUUAAUAAAUGUAAUCCAAUGGAUAUCUGACUUUUGCAUUUGCAAUCGAUUUGUACCUAGAAAUCUUCUACUCUGUGGAUCCAUUUUUAUCUUGAAAUGAAAGUUAUGUACGUCUGUAGAAAUGGGAUGCCUGGUCGAAAUUUGUUUUAGUUCCUAGUCCAUGCCCGUCGUGAAUAUUUCUCCGAUUUAGUUUGCAGACCAUAUGUUGGAUGAUAUUUGUUUUACCAGAUCCCGACUAAUUUUGGUGGUGUUGGGUGUCUGUGCCAGUAUGUUACAUCUAAAGCUGUUCUACAACUGUGUUUGUGCUUGUUAUUGUUUUAUAGAAUGACAAAUUUCCAGCGUUUUUACUUUAUUUCCUCCUUCCCUGCUUUUCUGUCUUUCUUUUUCUUUGCACGGCCUGCAUCUUUUCUGCCGACAUUGAAUGUCUCUUAUAAAGUUUCUUAAUUACC